AUGACCUGCCGUCCCGAAUCUUUACGCCUCUCCGGCAAGCUCCACGAUUUUCCCAGCGAGUGUGUACCAACCUCAGGCGAUCCGCAAAACCGCUCCCCCGAGGCAAUUCAUAUCGACUUCCACCCCGAUCUCCUCUCCACCACACAGCAGACCGCCACAAUGACCUCGAUUGUCUCCAAGCGCCUGGCUGAGGGCAUCCUCGCCCGCCCCUUCCUCAAGAGCCUUGCUGUCCCCUUCUCCAACUGGUACGCCAACGCUGCCGGCCACCGCAAGCUCGGCUUGAGAUUCGACGACCUUACCGAGGAGGAGACCGACAUUGUCCAGAAGGCUCUCGGCCGUCUCUCCCCCAAGGAGUCCUACGAUCGUGUUUUCCGUAUCCGCCGCGCCGUUCAGCUUUCCUACCAGCACAAGCUUCUGCCCAAGGAGGAGUGGACCAAGCCCGAGGAGGACAUCCCCUACCUCUCCCCCAUCAUCGAGCAGAUCCAGGCCGAGGAGGCUGAGAAGCUGGCCUUCGAGACCAUGGAGGUCCAGAAGAAGCACCACUAA